AUGGAUCCUGAAGCCGAGAGCGCACCUUUAAGGGGGGACUCGCAAGCCCCGGCGCGUCCCGGGCGCUCAGUGCGCAUCACACCCUCGGCGCGGCCAGCACGCCAGGCGCCCACCGAACCCACAGCCAAGCCGGCCGGCCGGCCGGCGUCGCCCGGAGAAGCGGAGGCGGCGGCCGUACAAAAGCGCGCUGAGGGCCGGGCCAAAGUCCCGCGCAAAUUCAGGGACAGCUUCAAGCGUUUUUUCUUCUCGCCCACGGGAGCCCUGAAGAUCAUUAGGCUGGCUCUUCUCAUUGGGGCACUAGUUUAUUUCAUCAUUGCCGAAGCCCAGGAGUACUUCAUAGCAAUCACAGUUCUGGAAACCUGCAUCGUUGUUUGUUUCAUUCUAAUAUAUAUGCUAACCCUUCACCACUUGAUGACUUUUUUACACUGGCCCUUACUUGAUCUAAUCAACAGUUUCAUUACUGCUGUGUUCCUUUUAAUAUUGGCUGCCUUGGCGAUACAAGAAAAGGAAAGAAGGCACUUAUUCUACAUUGGAGGGUCCCUGUGUCUCACAGCGGCAAUCGUGUGUCUCGUCGAUGGGACGGUGGUCACCAAGAGGAUGAGGAAUAAUGUUAAAAAAGCCCUGGGAAUCGAAAGCGAAACCGAAGUCACUCCCAUCCCGGCUCAGGAAACCGCCCCAGCAGCCGUGAAGGCACCCACGAGGGAGGCUCUGGUUCCAGCCAACCCGACCCGAAGACAGGAGCAGCGGCUACAGCCGCCGGGCCACCUCACUAGGCCUCACUGGGCCGCUAGGGGAUUUCCGCGCAGAGGUGGGACCGCCGUGGUGAGCCCGGGGCGGGGCGGGGCGGGGGUUCCCGCGCUGAGGGUGGGCGGGCCUGGUGGUCCCCGCGGGUCCUCGCGCGACACCCGCCCCGCCCCGCGCGGGCGAGAUGUGGCGCGCGGCGAGAUGUGCUCGCGGCGAGGGCGCCAGACGUUGGCGUUCGCGGUCCUGGCGGUUGGUUGA